ACUAGCGGAGAAUUGGAGAGAAAACGACAUUCUAAAUUUAGUUUAGUGUAGUGCAGGCACAGUGCCACCUUCAAAGUUAAUUUUCAUACGUCUGUGUUAAGACGGGUAAGAGAAGAAAGCACGAACCCCCAGUUUUGUUGUCUUCCACAUAUUCAUGCCAUAAGAUGCGUUGUUAAAUCCACAUUUUUAUCAUGUAAUCUAGGCGUAAGAUUCCUGCCAAACUUUUGGAUCUUUGCUCUGAGCACACAUUGCGAGGAAAAGGGUGGUGAAUGAAUGAAUGUCAGUCCAGUUUAAAGCAUCCACAAGCCCACCUGCAAUUCAUACAGAGAUUUCAUCCGGGAACCUGGGGCUGACAAACAUUGACGCACUUUUGCUUUUCGGAUUUUGGAGCGCAUUAUUCAGAAUCUAUUGGAUUCAUAAGAUCUUUCAUCAUUCUGUUGUUGGAAUUAGCGAGUUCUUGCUUUGACUGAGACUGUUGCGCUCGGGAUUGGGAUUGCACAGCGGAGGUUUGCAAAGGUAAUGCGAUUUGGUUUUGUGAGAAGGGAUUUAAGUGACGAUGGAGUUUUGGCCAGAGUUUCUUGCAAGCAGCUGGGGAAGAGAGUUUGUUGCUGGUGGGUUUGGAGGAAUGGCGGGUGUUCUUGCAGGGCAUCCACUUGAUACUCUCAGAAUUCGUUUGCAGCAACCCAUGAAUUCAACAAGGCCUUCUGCUUUGCAAUUGGUGCAGAAUAUUGUCAGUAAAGAAGGCCCUUCUGCUCUCUAUAAGGGCAUGGGUCUCCCUCUGGCUACGGUUGCUUUUCAGAAUGCUGUGGCUUUCCAAGCAUAUGCUCUUCUAUCUCGAGCUUUUGACCAUAACAACAGGACUGAACCUCCCUCCUAUAGAAGCGUAGCAUUGGCAGGUAUAGGAGCAGGAACUAUACAAACUGCAAUUCUUACACCGGUGGAACUUAUCAAGAUUCAACUGCAAGUGAAUACUUGUAGAAGGCCUACCUCAAGUAGUAUUCAUUUUGGUCCCAUUAUGGUGGCAAAAGGCAUUUUACAGAGAGAAGGAAUCAAAGGUCUUUACAGAGGACUUGGUAUUACUGUACUUAGAGAUGCACCAGCUCAUGGUGUCUACUUCUUGACAUAUGAGUAUAGUCGAGAAUGGCUUCACCCUGGUUGUAGAAAGAACUCACAAGAAAGUCUUUCGACAAUGCUUGCAGCAGGAGGAUGUGCAGGAGUGGCAAGUUGGGUGUUUUGCUAUCCAUUGGAUGUUGUUAAAUCCAGACUUCAAGCACAAGGGAAUUUAUCCCCCAAGUACACUGGUAUUUUUGACUGCUUGCAAAAGAGCGUGAGAGAAGAAGGCUAUAAGGUCCUUUGGAGAGGUCUGGGAACUGCUGUAGCACGUGCUUUUGUGGUAAAUGGAGCUAUUUUUGCAGCAUAUGAAACUGCACUGCGUUUGAUUUAUCCACGGUCAGAGGAUCAAGUGCUUGACACUGCAGUUGAGCUAUCCUCGUAAACAAAAUAGUUGAAUUGUACUUAUUCUAUAUUUUAGCAAGAGUCAUUUCCCAAAAUCAAUUUAGCUGCUUGCCUGGCCACAGAAUUGGGCUCACUUUGAAGUUGAAAACUGCAGAGCUGGACAUUGCAAUUCUGUGCUCAAAUUUUAACCGGCUGUUUGGAUAACUAUGAUAAUGGUAAGAAUGAUGGCAACUUGGUUAAAUUUUGCACCAUCACAUUCCUCCCUACUACGUCGGGCCGAAUAACUUGAAUCUCAAGGGCCCUAAUUGUGCACUUUCAGAUGAGCAGUGUUGGGCAGGCCUCGAAUAUAUUCUAAUGUGUCUUGGAAUGUUCUAUUGAUGUGAUAUAUCAUCUAUAGUAUCUCAGUUGCUACUCAUAAAUAUGUUUUCAAAUCUGGUUGCUCCAGUCUUUUUAUUUAUGGAAACUUUAUUCGUACAGUUGAUCUAUUUUAUUACUAUCAAUGGAUGAAUCUACAAUUAUGUUUU